CGUCGUUAUCACCGCUCCGGCCAUAGCAACGUCGCAGGCUUCUGGCCACAAACACCUUUACGCCACACUCUGGAAAUAAUACAUGGACGCUUGAAAGUCGCGACUGUUUCUGCACUGAGCUAUAUCGACAAGGAAGCCUAAUGCUGCAUUUUGUCCUGGCGCGCGACACCUCUCUCCACCGCAGACCCUCUACAGGUUCGCAUAUCACCGCGACCUAGCAGAUCACUCUAUCAUCAACACGCUCAGCCCUUGUCAAAUGUAUGUAUCCCUCGAUGGCCACGCGAGUUAGAUCAGGCAGCCCUCAGGUCGAACCUUUUCCUCCUCUCGAAGUUCCUCGCACGCCCACCUCGGCCUCUCAUUCCGUCUUCGCCAUCUCAAAAGAUAACCAACACCUGCUCAAGCCACACGCCCCGGAAUACACUGUUGUUUCGCCCAAAUCUCCAGCACAUUUUACGCCACGACCUCUCACGGGUGCCGGUGCCUUGGCCGAUGCUAGGCGACACAAUCAACAGCAACACAAUCAAGAGCAAAGCCAGACCAGUCCCAACCCUGCCGCUACCGCUCUGCAUGCUCUGAUGAGUGGUCCCGGAAUCUCAAAGGCCUCUGACCUCUCUUCACCAAAUCACUCCUCGAGCAACCAAAUGCGAAAGCCGAGUACACAUCUCACCGUUCCGGUGACAACAACCGCCGAGGCUUCCCAGCCCAGUCCUGUGAGCUUAAGAAGUUUCGGAGAUUCAGACGCUGUCUCGCCCGGCGGCGCAAUGACAGCCACAUCGCACGAGCACACUCGGGAUCCUCAACUGGUCGCUGAGCCUGCAGAAAUGACCAGUAUGGACUAUCCAGAGCCGACGCGCGGAUACAGCUCGGCUGCAAGCGCACACCCAUCGCACAAAUCAUUCACAUAUCCUGGCCCAGCAUCGGUAGCAGCAGAGGCGGCCGCAGAAGGUCAGUCGAGAGCCUCUCCAUCGACCAAACGGCACAAGUGUCCGUAUUGUGCGACUGACUUCACACGUCACCACAACCUCAAAAGCCAUUUGCUUACCCACAGCCAAGAAAAACCAUAUGUUUGCCAAACCUGUCAGUCACGCUUUAGGAGGCUGCAUGAUUUGAAACGCCACACCAAAUUGCACACUGGUGAAAGACCACAUAUCUGCGACAAAUGUGGAAGACGGUUUGCUCGUGGCGACGCUCUAGCUCGACACAACAAGGGCCCUGGAGGUUGCGCUGGUCGCCGCUCGAGCUUUGGAGGUGAUGACGAUAGUAGAAUGGGCGAUGAAACAAUGGAAGGCAUGGACUAUGGUGAUCAUGGAGAGAAUGGUCACGAUAUGGACGAUGAAGACGACGACCCGAGAAGAGGGAGUGAGCCGAGUCGCAAGCGUGCGCACAUCGAAGACUCGCAUGACUCCAACAGGUCCAUCUAUCGCCAACACUCGAGCACUUAUCCGCCGCCUCUCGCUAGUCGCGCGAUGAGGGGCAACAUGGGCCCUCCUAACCACCACAUUCUGCCCUCAUCCAGCUCUGUAACAUCCCCUGGCGAGAUCUCUAACGUCAACUCGACGAGUAAUCUCCCACUAAACCAAUACGUCCCGACUCCCACUGUUGUGCUUGGAGAGGGAGGCAUAUCACAUUCACCCAAGCCACUCUCUCCCAAUCAACAAGACCAGCAUCGCCUCAGCAUAGCCGAAGCUACAAAUGCGUUGCGCAACAGGUCGCCUAGUCUUACACAACUUCAGCAGGCACACAACGCUCGCGGUGGACAAGCGACACCACCUGCGGCCCAUCAGAUGUCACAACACAAUCAAUUACCUUCACUGGCCGGACUUGCUUCUGGACAUUCUGUGAGAUUGCCCAUUCAGUCUACAUCUCAUAAUCCGAUGCACAAUAAUAUGCAAUCUGGACCUAUGCAUGGAUCAAACCCAGGAAGUCUCUCAAGUCACGGACACAGCUCCGGUGGCAGUAUGCGAGAGAUUGUUGGUGAUGGCAUUAAUGAUGUCUGGAACUAUGUCAGAAACCUGGAGCAACGAUUCUCUCGUAUGCAAGACGAAUACGAAUUGCGCAUAUCCCGUCUUCAGGAAGACUUGAUAGCCAUUAAGGGACAUCUCAGCUUCCAGCCACGCUGAUAGGUGUCACACCUUCCGGAAUAUGACCCAUGACAAACAACACGCCCUUUUAACGAAUUCGAAUUGCGAUUGCUCGUAAAGGGCCACUUUCGUUCAAGCGCAUCUUCGGCCUUUUUCAUUUGUUCUUUCUUCUUCUUAUACCCGAACGCAUCUGUUGGGAUGUGGUGUUCUUCCUGUUAUAGGCGGUGGAGCGGGCGGCGCUUUGAGAUAAGAGGAUGGGGCGUUUCACAGGCAGGCAGGCAGGCAGGCAUGUAGCAUGGUCGCUGUCGGACCCUUCCUCGCGAGGUACGAAGCUGCUCUUCCUCCUUUUCUGAAUCUCCAAAAGCGUCAGAAAUUUUG